GUUGAACCACUUAUUUAUGGAGGUACGCCGUUAAUGAGAACGAUCGAAGAAGCAAAAAAGUUAUUUGCUACGGAAAGAUUUAAGGAUCACACCAAGUUGAUGUUUAUCAUAUCCGAUGGACAGCCAGGCGAUGGAAGCGAUCCUCCGAUGAAGGAGCUUGCUCUGUUAGGCGUGAAAACAGUUUGCUGUUACAUAACAAACGAUGCAAUCGCUGAUCCAAAACAUCUUUACAGUACUCAGUGCGAAACAUGGGAUGAAGCAUCGAAGUUAAUGUUCCAAAUGAGUUCAACAAUCACUACGCAGGUGAUCCCUCGCACUAUAUUUGUCAAGCGUGGUUGGAGUAUUGACAUCACGAACAACGAAACACGUCUAUUCUUUCAAGUGAAUCACCCUGAUAUCAUUGAAGAAGUCUGUGAACUUGCCAGGGAAGUAGUGUGUUGCCAAGACGCACUUUCAGAUAUAUUGACAACAGUGUCUCUAGAUCUAUAUAUAAAUCAAGCAAAUCAAGGAUUUGUUCCGAAACGACAGGAAGGUGGCACAUGUUACGCAAAUGCUUCAGCUGCUGUUCUGCAUCUUGCGAUGCAACGGAUCGUUGGAAGAGACGGUGGUUAUCCUGACUUCUUUGAUCUGCGAAAGAAAAUGAUAACGAAGUACGGGGAACAUGGCGCCAACACACUUAAAGUGCUUCAAGAGAUCUGUCCUGAAUACCGCCUUCACUGCAAAGAGGUUGACGUUCUGGGAGCAAUGAAAGCAAUUGCCGCCAAACGACCUGUCUUGGCACGGUUCUGGCUGACUGACCCUGAGUGGGACAUGUUUGAAAAAUUCUAUAAACAGAAUCCACAAGGUGUUCUCACGAGUGCUAUUCUGGAAAUCAAACGAAGGGAACCCUUGCCAUGGCCAUGGUUGCUAUGGGCAUGUCCAUGGCUAUGGCAAUGGCUAUGGCCAGAAGCAAAACUGAUCGGUCAUGCUGUGGUGCUUACUAGCUUUAACAGUGAAUGUUUAAGGCUGAUGAAUUCCUGGGGCAGCGAUUGGACUGAUGGUGGCUUCUUCAAGGUUAGUAAUGCAGAUGUUCUUGGCUUGGAAUCUAUGGAUGUGUUCUGGACCAAGGACGACUUGAAGCAGUCAGAAAUUGUUGCAUACGAUCGUGAGGGUGCCACAAUAGCAAAACAAUUGUUUUCAAAGCUGCAAGGACUACAGACAAUCCAAUAUAUCUGCCCUUUGUGUUACCAGAGUUCCAAAGUCAGCGAUUUCACUGGUCAUYAUUUGGAAGCUAAGUGUCCAAAAUGCAAUGAAGCAUUCAAGAUCAGUGAUGUGGGAGAUGACUUGGCUUUAAACAUGUAUUUGUUAUCACUGUCAGCUAAUGGACAAUAAAUUUACAGUGAUGACAUGAGGAUUUUCAUAUGCUGACGCCGUUCCGUGUUCGGUGAGAGUACGGACCAUAGAAAAGGGAUCUCGAUUUGCUAUGUAUGGUUUUCCUUUUGUAGACUCUACUGCAUGGUCUAGCCGUGUUUCGUGGAUUAUGCAAAGUUUUCCCUAGACUAUAAAAGUUAUAUUUUAAAAGCAAGUACUGAGUUUGGUAGUUUCGUCGUGCAGGAGUAUUUACGAUGCAAGUGUUUGUUCAGGCCCUAAGGGGUUACAAAAAAAAUGAUAACGAUAAUAAUAAUAAUAAUAAUAAUAAUAAUAAAAAUAUUGAUAAUGAUGAU